AUGGCAGAGACAUCGCUCCGAAAAAAUGUCCUGGCUAAGACCGUGCCGACGGCCUCUUCGAGCCAGCAGAGCCAGGAGGUCUCGGCGCUCUACCGCACGUGGCCACAUGUGGCGGGGCUCAAGGCGGCCAAGAAGCAGGUGCCCGCCAUCCCCAUCAUCUACGACCCCGAGAACUCGAAGCAAGUGGCGGCGCUCGUGGCGGCGCUCGGGCGCCAGCUCAGCAAGACGCCCAAGCACGGCUCUGCCGUCGGCCAUUUUGACGACAAGGCGCCGCCCGACGCCGAGCAGGUCACCUUCGAGCUCGUCACCAUCUCGGAGCGCGGGCGGGUGAAGAAUGCCAUGGCCACCGCCCAGCUCAAGCGCGUCGAAGUCGACAAAGAGGUCAAAGCCGGCUUGCAGCUGCCCUCGAACCCGCCCACCCCGGCGCCGUCGCGGCCGCACACGCCCGCCACGGACAAGUGA